AUGGACGAUGAUCACAUCAGAUUGUUGCUGGAAGAAUUAAGUUCUAGCUCAAGCUAUGAAGACGAAAAUGACAGUGAGGUGGAAGAUAACGUGGAGGUACAAGAAGAGACAUAUGAUACCGAGCAAGACGAUGACAAUGACGAGAUAUCUGAGGAAGAACAUAAUGAACGAUCCCAUGAUUUUUACUUAGGAAAAGAUGGACAGACAAGGUGGAAUAAAUCUCCUGCCUCAAACCCAACUAGGCGACGUGCUAGAAAUAUAGUUACUCAACUUCCAGGCGCUAGAGGAGAAGCUAGAAAUUUGAAGGAACCAGGUGAGCUGUGGCGGCUUUUUUUUUUCGGAGGGCACUAUCAGCCUGAUAGUAAAGUACACUAA